AGGGAAGAAGAGAAAGAUGGAGACUCGAGAAAUGAGAGUGAUGCGAUUCACAUUGUCGAUCCUCGCGCUCGCCGGAUGCUGGCGACCGUUCUCGUGGACCUCGCUGGUCAAGCACGUGCUGUACAACAUUUAUACGCUUCUGGUGAUCAGCGUGCUAUACAGCUUCACAUUUUCACAAUUUAUGGAAAUUGUGCUGAAUGUUAGCAAUCCUAACGACUUCACCAACAUCUUGUACACAAUGAUGGCGAUGAUCGUCGCGUGUUGCAAGGUGCUCAGCAUGUGGAUGAAUCACGAGAGCUUCGUGGUGUUGAUACGUAAGCUUAAUGAGGGGACGUUCAGGCCGUUGGUGCCCGCCGAAAGAGAGAUCCGACGGAAAUGCGACGAGACGAUACGGUACGCGCGUAUGGUCAAUACGAGAUUCACGGGAAUCAUUUUAUUUCAGUUCGUGACAAGCACGUUUGUGAUAUGCUCGAAUCUCUACCAGCUCACGAAAACAACCAUAGGCAUGUAUCACAUCGCGUUGAUCACGUAUACAUUUUGUGUAAUGGCGCAGAUUUUCCUCUACUGUUGGUUUGGCAACAAGCUCAAAGUGACGGUACGCGUAAGCGUAAAUUUGUGUCCAACAACGCGUUUGUUUUUAAUUAAGCGCUCGUUGGAGAUGCGCGUUUUGAGAUUGACGCUUCGGAUCGUUAUGUUCGCCGGCUGCUUCCGGCCGUUAUCAUGGCUGUCGCGGUUCAAACGUACCGCUUACAAUAUCUACAGAACAUUAAUAAUCACCUUUUUGUACACCUUCGCGACGCUGCAAUUCAUGGACAUCGUCCUGAAGGUCGACAAUCCCGACGACUUCACCGACAAUUUGUACAUGAUGCUAAACGUAUCUGUGUCCGGCUACAAAUUGUUUAUCAUGUGGGUAAAUUAUGAGGACAUUGUGACUAUCAUCAAGAGUCUCACCGAGGAGCCACUCAAGCCUUUGGAUCCGGGCGAGAUGGAGAUCCGUUGCAAAUUCGAUUCUCUAAUUAGAGCCAAUACGUUGCGUUACGCACUUCUAAUCGAGACUUCAUGGACAUGCACCGGACUGACGUCGUUGCUCGUCGAUUUCAGGCAAGGGAGGUUAACGUACCGGGAAUGGGUGCCGUACGAUUAUUAUGCGUCUUACGCCUUGUUUUUCGUUACGUAUGCUCAUCAAUUUUUAAGUACGUUCUACUGUGCCACCGUGAAUGUUGCCUGCGAUACUCUGAUAUGCGGCCUCCUGAUGCACGUGUGCUGUCAGAUGGAGAUCUUGGAGUAUCGCUUGAAGAAGAUCAGCCAACAGGAUGAUCUCAGCUACUGUAUACGUCAUCACAAUAGCAUAUUCCAAUUUGCGCGUGCGGUGAACGAGGGGUUCGCGCGGAUCAUCGAAUUCCAAUUUGUAACGAGCACAUUGAUAAUAUGCUCCAACUUGUUUCAAUUGAGCAAGUCGACAAUGGGCGCGAAUAAUAUCGCGCUGGUUGUGUACACAUGCUGCAUGCUGACCGAGAUAUUUAUCUACUGCUGGUUCGGAAACCGAGUCAAGUCGAAGAGUCUUCAGUUGGCAGAUAGCGUUUUCCAAUUGCACUGGUUACCUUUGAACAAUAGCGUCAAGAAGAGCUUGCUGAUAAUCAUGAAACGCGCCACCGUGCCCAUCGAGAUUGUUACCGCGUAUAUCCUUCCUUUGAACCUGGACUCCUUUGUGGCGAUCCUCAAGACAUCAUACUCUGCUUACAACUUGUUGGUACAGGCACAAGAAUAGUGACAUGGUUAUAAUAGCGGAGUCAAACGAAGUCUGUUUUAUAGACGCACACACAAUUACAUAUACAUUGUAAAUACACAGUUACACUGUAAAUAAAGUGUAGUGAACAGGU